UUCAGUUCGCUUUCAGUUUGUCAACGCGUCGCAUGCUUGCUCCUCAGUUCCAAAAACAGCAAACAUAAAGCGUUUCGUGUGUUUUCGAAUUUGUUACUGAAUACUACGCAAAAUUUGCAUAUGAAAUCAGUGUAAAGUGGCUGUGUGAAAGCAUAAACGAAGUAAAUCGAAAGGAGAAACAACAGCAGAAAGCAAAACUAAGCAAAAGCAGUGGAAUCAAGUUGCAUCGCUUUGCCCUCGUCUAAGCAGAUAAACAACAAGUUGUUAACCCCUUUUGGCCAUGUCGCCCACUGCCAACUGUGUCCUAUUGCUGGGGUUGUUCGUCCUGGCCAUUAAUUUGAAUGCAGCUUCUGCCGUGCUACGUUGUUGGCGCUGCUCGACGGACGUGUCGAACGGCGAGUUCUGCAACGAUCCCUUCCAGCCAGACACGAUCUCGGAGCAGCAGCGCUACUGGAGCUAUGUGAACUGCACUUAUUCGGUGGGUGCCAAGUCGAUGAAUACGCGACCCGUGUGCAAGAAACUCGUGCAGGAAGUCUAUGGCAAGCGGGUGAUUGCACGUUCCUGCUUCUACGAGGACAUGGAUGAUCCGGCCGACAAGUGCGCCAUGGACACGACCUCAUCCUACACGAAGACCGUUUAUUGCCGCACGUGCACCACGGAUGGUUGCAACUCGUCUGGCGGUUUAACGGCAAUGUUGGGAUUGCUGUUGUUGCCGCUGCUCGCCGCACUGAGGCAGCUCUUAUGCAAAUGAGCAGCUGAGCGGGGAUGGAGGAGGAGACUGCACUUAAUUGCAUGAAUGCAAAAUGAACUUCAAGUCCUUCGAGCUAAAAUCAAAACAAAAACAAAACAAAACACACAACAAUUAAAUCAAUUGCAAUAUUUUCUAAUUUCAUCUAGUUAAGUCUUGUUCUUCUAACUUAUUUCUAUUGAAAUUUUUGCAAAUUGAUAGUCAAAACUAAGCACAAAGCCACUCACAAUUCGUAAGAUAUCACAAAUCCAGAGAAUGGAAUGUUAUGUAUCUGUAGCGCAUCAAAGGUUUCCAUUCUGCCGGCAAACAGAUUUAAAUACAUAUGCACACACACACA